AUGCCUUACGAGCUUCCCUCCGAGUGGGCUCCGAAUCCCUGGGCAAGUGCGUCGCUCUUUGGGACGCUCUCUUUGCAUGCCUUCUUCUUCCUCCUUUGCCGCUGGAAGGUUGGCUUUAGAGCCAUGGUACACUUCCAACCUGCUCGACAAGUGCGGGAUGGGUACUAUGUGCAGGUAGUGCCCUUGCCACACCGGGGGCAGCCGGCCAUGGUGCCGCUCACGUACUGUGAAACGACCUGCCGCUUGGUCUUCAUUUUCCAACGCCAACACUACGAGUACUUCGAGCCAGGUGACGCUGGGACUGAUGCAGAUGCAGAUGUCGGCGAAGUGCAGCUUCUCCAGUGCCCAAUUGAGGAACCCUUGGUGAAAUAUCUAAAGGCCAGUGGCUUGAGUAGCGAUGACGCCGAGCAUCUCAAGGAUCGUUUCGGUGAGAACCUGUUGGAGGUGGAGUUGCCGACCUUUAUUCAAUGCUACAAGGAGCAGCUGCUGUCUCCGCUAGUGAUUUUCCAGAUCUUCGUUGCGCUCGUGUAUGCGGCUGACGAUUUUGUCAACUACACCUUGAUGCAGUUGCUGGUGAUCCUGACCAUGGAGUCGACCAGCGUUUUCCAACGUUUGAAGACCAUGAAGAUGCUGAACAGCAUGGGCACGAAGUCCUAUGGCAUCAUGGUCUACCGUGGCCGGCAGUGGGUGGAAAAGAGCACCUCUGACCUGGUCCCUGGAGACUUGAUCGAGCUCGUCAUGGUCAAAAGUGGCCAAGAAGUGACACCUGAUCAAAAGGUGGCACCAGACAUUGUGCCCUGCGACUGUGUACUGAUCCGUGGCGAGGCCGUGGCCAGCGAGGCGAGCUUGACAGGUGAGUCGGCGCCGCAGAUGAAGGAUGCCUUGAGCUCUGAGGAUCGACCACUAGAACUUCAGGGUCGUGAUCGGGUGCACUGCCUUUUCUCAGGCACGCGGAUUGUCCGGGCCACAGAGGGUACCAACAAGGAGGAGGUCGAGACACAGAGACCCACGAGCGAGGUGCCACCCACUCCAAACCAGGGCUGUCUCGCCUAUGUGGUGCGGACCGGCUUCGCAUCAUCGCAAGGGCAGCUCCUGCAGAUGAUCGAGUUCUCCCAAGACAAGGUUUCAGGCGAUACCAGGGAGGUAAUCGUGGCCAUCGUGAUCCUCCUCUGCUGUGCACUGCUAGCGGCAGGCUACGUCCUGAAGGUUGGCCUAGAGAAAGGGGACAAAACUCCCCAUGAGCUGCUGGUGAAGUGUGUUCUGAUCUUGACAGCGGUGGUGCCCAAACAGCUCCCGAUCCAGACAGCCAUGGCGGUGAAUACCGCUUUGAUGGCACUUUCUCGAGCCGGGGUCUUCUGCACCGAGCCUUACCGUGUGCCACUGGCCGGGAAGCUCACCCACUGCUUGUUCGACAAGACCGGAACCCUGACCACAGACACUUUGGUGCCGGUGGGUGUUGUGAACAGGAGUAGCGAGCCAGGAGCGGAUGGACAUUUGCCCAAGGUGCAGGUCUCGGAUGCAGAGACUGCUGCUGCCCUUGUUUUGGCUGCAUGCCACUCCUUAGUCCUUAUUGAUGGGAAGCUGACCGGUGAUCCUAUCGAGGUUGCAGCUCUCCAGGGCAUUGGCUGGUCCUUUGAUUCCCAGGCAGAGACUGCAUCUCCUCAGACCACACAGGACUCCCCUGCCAAGAAGCGCGGCAUCAAGUCUGUUCGGAUCUUGCAGCGCUUCCACUUUGCCUCGCACCUGCAGAGGAUGGCGGUCGUCGCUGAGGUGUCCACUGAAGCUGAUGCAGUGCUCAACCUUGAAGGAGAAGGGAACUAUGUCUUGGUGAAGGGCUCUCCAGAGGCCGUGAAGACCCUGCUGGCGAAAGAUGCUGCACCAGAGUGGUACGACAAGUCCCACACUGACCUGGCAGAGCGGGGCCUGCGAGUAUUGUCCUUGGCCUAUCGGCGGCUUCCGACUGCCACUCACGAGAAGAUGACUCGAGAGGAGGCAGAAAAGGAGCUGAUCUUCGCAGGGUUCAUUGCCUUUGAGUGCCUGGUCCGAAAGGACUCUGCUCUGGUCGUGGGUGCCUUGAACGAAUCCGGCCACAAGGUCAUCAUGGUAACGGGCGACUCUCCGCUUACGGCGCUUCACAUUGCUCGCACUUGUGGCAUUGCAGAUGGGCAGUUGCCUGGACUGUUGCUGAGCAAGGUUGAUGAUGGUGCAGAGUGGGAAGUGGUCACAGGCGAUCGUGCCGGGGAGCGCUUGCAAACCACUGGAGCACUGAGCUGGAGCAAGCUGGCGAAAGACUACGCCUUGAUGACCACAGGAGAUGUGCUGGAUGCUGCUGUAGCACACGAUCAAAGCCUCUGGACUGUGGUGGAUGAGAUCCGUGUCUUUGCGCGGAUGACGCCUCAGGGGAAGGCCAAAAUCAUUGAAGAGUUACAGAAACAGCAGAGGCAUGUCCUGAUGUGUGGCGAUGGUGGCAAUGAUGUGGGUGCUCUCAAGCAGGCCGACGCUGGUUUGGCCCUUUUGGCUGGCUACGGCAAUGUCAACACUGCUGACAGCAAUGACAUCACAUCGAACGAGCAGCCUGCAGAGGAAGAGAAGAAGGCAGAGGAAGCGCUGAACAUGCGGGAUGCCGAGCUGGCCAAGAAGAACCGGAAAGCCGCCAAGGCUCGGAAGGACUUCCUUUGGCAGAAGCAGAGGGAGUUGCAGGAUCAUCAGCGCCAGUGGCUGGAGGAAGAGAUCGAGAUCCGUGCAAAGCGUGGAGAGACUGGCCUCAUGGCACAGGCAGGAGCCAUGAAAUCAUCCAUGGGACGCUACACAGAGGAGCUCAAGAAGCAGAUGAAGGAGUACGACAAGACCCACGGCAACGUUUAUGAUGACGACAAAGACAAGGACCCUUCCAAGUCCACUCCGAAGGAUCCUGCAGCCGUCCUUGAAGGCCUUGACCAGGGUGGACUUCCCAUGGUGAGACCGGGCGAUGCCUCCAUUGCAGCUCCCUUCACCACCAAGGCACCAUCUGUGAAGAAUUGUGUGGACCUGAUUCGCCAAGGGCGGUGCACGCUCUUGUCUGCCUUGCAACAGCAGCAGAUUAUGAUGUUGAAUUGCAUCAUCAAUGCCUAUGUCCUUUCAGCCCUGUCAUUGGAGGGCUCACGCUCAUCAGAGAGGCAAAUGAUGACUUCCUCGUGGCUUCUUACCACAGCCUCCCUUGCCUUCACCUAUGCAUCACCUUGUGAUCGCAUGCACCCUGUUCGCCCUCUCCGAUCGCUGUUCCAUCCAGCUGUCUUCAUCUCGAUGUUGGGUCAGGCAGAAACUCUGGUCAGGUGGCUUCCGUCCGCAUGGCACGCGCCGCCAUGGAGCCUGACUCUCCCGAAAGACAAGCAGGUGGAAAGUGCACCCAAUGCUUCAAGGAUGUCUCGGACUUCUGGAAGAGAGAAAGGCUGA